AUUACUAUAACAAUUAUGGAAUAUACUUAAAAACAACAAAAUAGAUGCACAUAGAUUCAACAUCAUAUUUGGUUAUAGUUUACACAUAAACAAACAGUAUGGCAAAAACUUUCGUUAUUCUGGGACACCCCUUUUUAUAUGCAUUAUUUAAAUUAGACAUCUCCUUUAAAACCUGUAUUGAUUUAGAAAUUAAAAAACUUUAUGUUUGUUGAUAAAGAACUUUUCGUGUUUACAAUAUCAUUUUUCUAUCUGAGCUUACAUUGUAGACAAAUUUAUACAGAUUAUUCAAUUUAAAUGCGAUCUAAUUUUCCAACACAAUGAAUACGCUACCUGUUAUCCUCUUAUAUAUCUUUUAUAUCAUAUUUCUUUUUAACGGCGGUGAACUUAAACCUAAGCACGAGUGGCGCAUGUUUUUAUAUAAUGUGACGACGAAAACAAGAUAAUGAGGAACUUUAAUGUGGUUAUAUAUGCUAUUUGCUUAUGGAUUUUCCUGCGCCAAUCAUUAACAAAAGUAAUUGAUGAAAAAUGCAAAAUAGACUGUGCAUGUUGUAUAGAUAGAGAAUGUGCACAAGGCACGUGGUUUUGUAAUGAAUGCACGUUAGGCUGUAUUGAUGGCCAUAGAGGUAGUCGAUGUUAUGAAAGAUGUACGCAUAACUGUACAAAAUGUGAUAAUCUUAACGACGCAGAUACGUGCACUGCGUGUUAUGAUGGAUAUUAUCCAGGUCCUGCUGCAGACUGCACAUCAAAAUGUUUGCCCGAAUGUAAAACAUGCACUUCCGGUAUCAAUUGUACAUCAUGCAAGGACGAGUAUUACAACGACAAUGGUCACAAUGAUUGUCGUUAUCGCUACUGUCCUGAAAAUUGUUAUUGUGCAAGUAAACAGUGUGUGUCAUGUAAGGAUGGAUAUUAUGAUACCAGUAAGUCAUGUAAUAGUUUAUGUCCAGGUAACUGUAUCACGUGUUCGUCGGAAACUGAUUGUGGAUCGUGUAAAGAUGGUUAUUAUAAAGGUUACCGGAACGACAACAUAAACCCCCGUUUGUUGACCGGCUGUACAAACAAAUGUCGAGAUAACUGUGUACGAUGCUUAUCAUAUGACAGUUGCUCGGUUUGUAAAAUUGGGUUUUAUGGAUCAAACUGUGAGAAUACAUGUUCUAUCGGAUGUACUACAAACACUUGCAAUAUACUAACAGGAAACUGUGAUUGUUUUCCUAAUUUUGCUGGCGAAAAAUGUGACAAAUGCAAAACCGGGCAAUAUGGAAACAUGUGUGAGCAACAAUGUCCUACUGGAUGUAAAGGAAAUGUGUGUGAAAAAGAUUCCGGAGAUUGUACAGACGGUUGUACUAUAGACAAAAUCAUUGGGGAUAAAUGUGAUGUUUGUCCGGCAGAGCAGCAGGAAAAUACUUCCAUUGUUGUGUUUGGAACUCUUUUUGCUGUGUCUCUAAUGGGUAAUAUCUUACUAGUGACAUAUUUGGUUCUCCUGAAAUUUCGCCAAAGAAUCACUAACCAUGCAGAGACGAGUGGACAAGUGUACGAAAACUCUGGCAUCGACUUGGAAUGUGACAAUGUACCACAGUACCCUCAUAAAACUGCAAAUUGUAAUUUGUUUGGUAUCGUAUGUUUUCUUAUGCUGUGAUUAUCUAUGUCCUUAUCAAUUGCCUCCUCCUUGUCCAAAGAAUAACUAGAGAAUCAUUAAGCUAAUCGUAAUAAGAUUUGACAUGUAGGUGGGUCAUCGCAGUUGGAUGUCAUCUAAUGAUUUGUACGUAAAAUGUCAAAGGUGGCAUUAACCACUUCAAGCUUGCCCGACAAAUCUCUAAAGAAUGCUUAGGUGUACAGCUUAGAAUAUGGUCUGAAUGAUGGUCAUGCUUUAUGUUGAGGUCAGUCAACACUUUGGCCCGGAAUUCCUAAGAUUUGAUAUUGAGGUCGUCGUGAUAAGUAAAUGGCCACUACUGAUUUUGCGGUCAAAAAUCAAAAUCAUUUUGACCUUGAUCACAAAAAGCUUGUCUGAACAAGAACUUGAGAACGUUUUGGCGUUCAGCGGGAGCAUACUGUGAUGGGUCAUUUAACCUGGUCGCCAGUUUUCCUUAUCCAAGCAAUAACUAGAGAACCUUUAGAUUUGCAAAAUUGGUGUGGAGGUUGGUUAUGACUAGAAGGUGACCCUUUUUUGGGGUCUAGGUCGAAGAUAGAAAAGGUCACAAUGGCCUUGAGCCCAACAAUCUUAAAUAUUGGUUCAAUUUUAUGUUACAAAGUUAAAUUAUUGUUUUGCGGUAUGAAAUUUAAAUACAUUAUCACGAUAUAGAUUUUAAACUAGAUUUAAAGAAUGGCCUAGUUACAACAUUUUGAUAUAUACUAUAUGGUUUCUGUAUCUUACAGUUCGCCAAAGUUUGUCUGCCAAUGAAAUCGCUCUAUUUUGUUUAAAUUUUGCCGAAAUAUUUACCAUACAGUGCUGUAACUCAACUGUAUGUAUUAAAUUUAUACGUUAAAUGAGCCGAUUUAAUGGACUCCGCCUAUUUACAUAAUGCACUCGAUUUGAAUGGGCGGGGCUAACUGUAAGUCGGUUAUAGGUUAUAUACAGAGUUUUAAGAAACUAAUUUUCUCGCUUCACUUCGUUCGCUCGAAAAUUAAUUUCUUAAAACUCUGUAUAUAACCUAUAACCUAUACAUGUGUGUCACACAUAUUUCAAAAUCUUUAAAUACAUACCGGUAAAACAAUUUGAAGUAAUGGCAAUAUCGUUUAAAAUAUUUAGACAUUUUUCAUAGGAAAACAGUUUGCAGUCUGCUUUUCUCCAAUCGGGAUAUACACCAACAUUAUCUUAAUUGUUUCAAUUUCUGAUUUUUUAUCCCGGCUUUUUCUAGAUCGGGACGGUAGCUGAUAAUCCCGGAGUAUUGAAUUCUGGAAUUUUUUUUUUGUUGCACAUGACUUCAAAUAAAUAUGUCUAUAAUACAAUACAGCAAAGCACAGUCUUUUAAGUUCUUUGUCAUUUUCCAAUCUUAAUUGUCAAUAUAUUAUACGAUUAUAGCUGUUUAUGUUUGUAAUAUUUUGAACGUUCUAAAAACAGUGACAUCUUAUCCCUCAAGGACAAAACAUAAUCAUAUAAUACCAAAACUUAUUUUCGUAUGGCUUAAAUUGUCGCAAAAUCUUGGCCUGUACCUAGUACUUUCAGUUCCAUGUCAAGUGUCUGUCAAUAAGAUCACUGUACAUUGUAUGUAUCAACAAUGUUUGAUAUGUCCGCAUCAACAUUAAACAUCCUUUUACUUUUAGCAGUAGCUGUUUUGGAUAAGGAUUAACUUUUAGUAAAUGUCUAGUGCUCAACCAAAUUUUGUCUUGGCCAUUGCCCACAUUGUUAUUACAUUUGUCCAUGCAAUUCACUUCUGUUUCAUUCUUAUCUUAAUUAAUAUCAGUCAAUUGUCCAAAGACAACAUUUAUAUAAUCUGCUUCUUUACAGGUUGGAGCUGCUUUCUAUUCGUUUUCUAAUUCCUUCCUCACUGAUAUCCAUCCCUUUAUUUCGAUUUCUUUUUCUAAAUGACUUCGUUGUUCAGACUCUUUUGUAAUGUCUCAUAUUUAUAGAAAUUUUGGAUUCUAUGCGUUAUUCUGACCGAAUAUAAAGAUUUUUCUUUUCUAAAGCGACAUUCAUUGUUAAAACAAUCAAUACGUGAAUAUGUUGUUUCUCUACUACGAUUAAAUCCUUUCUCUUCAAACACAAAACUAUGGAUUUUCAUUGUUCCUCUUAUAAGUUUGAUACUUUAUUCCUCUAUUCUUUUGACUGAUUCCCUGUAAUCCUCUUAAUUGGCUAUGACAUAUUUUAUCGAACUAUCAGAUUUUGAAGCACAUGCGAAGAAUUUAGCCAUGUCUUGAAUGAUAACUCCUUUCUACACAGGAUUGUCUCCUUUCCGCUUUGUUGUAGCUUCGAUUUUAUCACAGGUUCCUUUUCCAUGACCUGUUUCGAAAAACUGUCAUGACGACUUUAUGUUUUUAGACAUAAUUUGUUCAUGUAGUGGAAUAUGGUCUUGUCUAGGUCCUGACUGGUAGGAGAAUCAGUCCAAAAAUGAAUAGCCUCAAGAUUGUCAACAUUAAACCUUUGUUAACUCGAUGACCUUAUCUGUGAUUAAAGUUACUAAUGAUGCAUUAGAACCACCGAAACAAAAACACACUUUUAUGUUCAAGACCGUCUGAAUCAUUUUUUCUAUAUACUACUGUCAAUGGAAUUAUUGUGUCUUUCCUGUUUCUGUUUUAACGCUAUUCUAUUUAGCUUUUCCUUGAUUGAGUUUCCUUCUCAUAUGAUUUAUUAUCGUGUUCUAUUGUUUUGCAUUCGUUUCCUCCUCCUUGAUUGUUGACUACUUUCAGGAACAUUAAAAUUCAUUUUAAAAGUCACUGGACUCGUGACGAUUGCUGUUGUGCUGCUUACACCAUUGCAAUCUUCCGUUGUGCUUACACUACAAUCAUCAACCUGAGAUUAAAAUUGUUUCUUUACUUUAGCGAGUUUUCUGUCUUCCUGUAUGUUUAACAGUGUUGUAUGUUAAGUUGGCGCUUGUUUUGUUGUUUCUCUUCUGUAAAUUUAGAUAUAGGUGGUGUGUAUACCCUAACUUUUUCUCUCUCUUGUUUAGCCAUUCUUCUCCCAGCAAAGCCUUCUUUCUUUCUCGAUAUUUUUUGAUUCGCUUUGCCAUUCUGAAAUGCUAAAUAAAAAUAUACUGACUUGAUUAUCAAGAAGAAAUACAUGUUUAGAGUGGCGGCGGGCCGAGUUGUUAAUGCUCCGGUCUAGUAAUCUAAGGAUUGUGUUCAAACCCUAUCAGGGGCAAGCCGUUGUUUCCUUGAGCAAGAAACUUUACAUUCAUUGCCAAGCACUGGUUGGUUCCAGGAACGGAUUCGUAUGUUUUUCAAUAACCUUAUACUAGUAGCUUGCAACAUAAUCGAACUAAAAUAAAUUUGUAUAGACUAAACUAAAUACAUGUUUUCUAUUUUGUUCUUGAGCAAAACAAACACAUUUUACCCACAAUAUGUUCCUUUUUUCAAUAAAUAUAAUUGCAACAUAAGAACGGAGUAGAGUUUAUAAGAUCGUAUUUCAUUUAAACAUUUAAGGGUUUCAAUACUGGGACAACUUACUAUUAAAAAUGAACUCAGUAUGUUUUUAUGAAUG